GGGUGUCACGCAGAGGGAAGCGGCCCGCGGCGGAGGGAGGGGAGGCCGAGUCCUGGAAGUGGAGCUCCGCGCUGGGACUGGUUCCUUCGCAGCCAUUUUCUGUCCAACCAAACAGCCGAUUGGAGACGGGAGCCAACCAGGGCUGCAUUGGAGGUUAAAAUUGGACAAGGAUCUAUCACCUUUUGGACAGGUGUUUGAGAACACCACUGAUACACAAUUCUGACAGUAUUUCAUGACAAUGGAUGGUGACAGCUCUACAACAGAUGCUUCUCAACUAGGGAUUUCUGCAGACUACAUCGGAGGAAGUCACUAUGUCAUCCAGCCCCACGAUGAUACUGAGGACAGCAUGAAUGAUCAUGAAGAUACAAAUGGUUCAAAAGAAAGUUUCAGAGAACAAGAUAUUUAUCUUCCAAUUGCAAAUGUGGCUAGAAUAAUGAAAAAUGCCAUACCUCAAACAGGAAAGAUCGCAAAAGAUGCCAAAGAAUGUGUUCAGGAAUGUGUGAGUGAAUUUAUAAGCUUCAUAACGUCCGAAGCAAGCGAAAGGUGUCAUCAGGAGAAGCGGAAGACAAUCAAUGGAGAGGACAUUUUGUUUGCCAUGUCCACUCUAGGCUUUGACAGCUACGUGGAGCCUUUGAAACUGUACCUUCAGAAGUUCAGAGAGGCCAUGAAAGGAGAGAAAGGCAUCGGAGGAGCCGUCUCUGCUACAGACGGGCUCAGCGAGGAGCUGGCGGAGGAGGCAUUCACUAACCAGUUACCCGCUGGCUUAAUAACUGCAGAUGGUCAACAACAAAACGUUAUGGUUUACACGACGUCCUAUCAACAGAUUUCUGGUGUCCAGCAAAUUCAGUUUUCGUGAUCUGAAGAGAAGAUGGAGAGCCGGGCUUGUGUGGAGAGUGAGAGACUGACGGACAGAGUCUGGAGCAGAGGCAUUGGGAGAAGUGAGGGUGGAGCCGCCUCCUUGUACAAUAAGUAGCUGUCAUGUAGCUUCCUGAUGCUUGACUAAUUGAGGUGUUAAUUCUGACUUGAGAAUCUUUUUCAUGAAUGAUUUUAAAAGAAAAAAAAUUGGAUUUUAAAGGUAUUAAAAUAUUUUUGUUUUGUACGAGAGUUUGUUGCUCUGUAUGACGCCUGUAUGCAUUGUAUAUUGCAAUUUAUUACUGUCAGAGAUUUGUAGACAGUUUCUUAUUUUCAUAUUGAAUCAUGUUAUUUUGUAAUUCAAGUAAGCAGCUGGGUUAAUUCAUAAUGUUUACCCUUUUAAUAAAAUAUAAGGGUAGAGUUCAUUUUGAAUGGAAGUUGCCUUUAUUAUAAAUUUGAGUUUGUCUUGGCUAUAAUCUUGCAUGGUAACUUAGCUAGAUGUUUUGCAUUUAUUUAUUGAAAUUUUUUUUUUUUUUUUUUGGUAAAACAGUCAUAGCUUAAGCAACGCCAUUUUUAAAAAAAUGUAAUUGAUUAAGUUGGAUGCAGAAGCAAGUAUUGUCUGGUCUAAACUUGGUGCCCAUCACUGUCUGCAGCUGUUCAGGCAGCUUCAGUUACUAUCAUGUGUUAGAAUUCAUUUCCCUUUAAUAUGGUCCUAGCACUCCUGAAAUGGCCCCUGUCUUUAAGUAUUACAGUCUCCUUCUCAUGAAGAGGGAGUUUUCAGUCCACUGACAGUCAUUUUACCUUCAUGGAAAGGGCAGCUUCCUGUUAGGCCAUGGCAACUGAGCAGUGGGCGUGGCCGCUGCAGGAGGACGUGAGUGAGCAAGCGAACGAGCAGGGGAGCAGUGAGCACUUCGAAUCAUGUGACUCAGGAGCCUUCUGGUUUGCUGUCACUGCAGCAGACAAACAUUAGGGAUGUGACAUGGUACAGUUAGUAGUGUGUGCCUGGGUUCCCUUUUUAAAGUGAAGAUUUCUAUUUUCUCAUCUAGUCUUUUUAGUAAUACUCAUUUGAAUUUUUGUGUAUGUUCUGUGGUAGUUUUAGCCCUAUCAAAAAUGGCUUAUUGCUCUAGCAGGAAAUGGCUUGUCUAGAAGGAAAUUUGGGAGACUCUGGGGGACUCCAAUGGACAAAAGAGCAGUUUCCUAGGUCCAGCUGAACGGUAAUGGCCACUUUGCCAGGAGUCUUGUGGAACACGGCUGGCUUUUCCCCUACCUCCCUUUUCAACUUGUAGAAAAUGCACAUAGGAAAGAACGGGAGAUGAUGGUUAAGCAAAAUCAACAGUCAUCCUACUGUGUUGAAAUAACAAUGUUAAUAUUUUGAUAAAUUCAUUUGUCCUUUUACUUUGCUAAAUAUGUAUAUUUUUAUAAAAAUGGGUUCAUGUUGUGCACACUGUUUUGUAACCAGUUUUUCACUUAAUAUAUUGUAAACAUCUUCCCCAGGUCAUACAUGGUCUUCUGCAUCAUUUUUACUGGGUUUUUAUUCUGUUGUAUGAAUGAAUCAUGAUUAAUUUAUUUAAUCGCCUAUUGCAAAUUUUGACCUUUUUCAUCUCUUCUUAGUUAUAAACAGCCCUUCACUGAAUCUUAUGUACAUCAUAACUUUUCUUGAAAUAAAUUCUUAGAAGUGGA